GUUAACAUGGACUGUAGAAGCCAAGAAUGGCUAAAAGAAAGGCCUAUUUAUUUUGGACCGUCUGGGGGAAACUCGCUUGAAAGUUUAUGCGGGGUAACACUUUCGCUGUUGCUCCGAUGCUCCCCGCUUCGUCCGGUGCUCAACCGAUGGGAGAUCUUGCAGCCGUGGGCUGAAUCCUACAUAUUCUUUGGUGUAGACUAAAUCUAAUAUAAAUUCGAUCAGAUAAGUUAAAGAUCUCGUCUUAAAACUAAUCACAAUAUCUAUGUAACACGUUGCCGUGUGAAAACUUCAUUGGCCGGUAUCAUGUCUCCAGGCAAGGUUGACUCUCGAUCUUCAUACAAGAUCGCUUCGAUCCCAGCAGAUGGGAUAGGUCCGGAAGUGAUCUCUGCCGGAAUCACCGUCUUGCAGAAGCUAGCAGACACUCUUGGCACCUUCGAUAUCACAUUCGAGCAUUUUGACUGGAGCAGUGAUUAUUACAAGAAACAUGGGAGGUAUAUUCCGGAGGGAGGCCUUGAAACUCUCAAGAAGUUCGACGCGAUCCUCUUCGGGGCUGUAGGCGCACCAGAUGUCCCGGAUCAUAUCUCCCUGUGGGGCUUGCGACUGGCCAUUUGCCAGCCAUUUCAGCAAUAUGCAAAUGUCCGACCCACGAAAGUAUUCAAAGGCACAGAGUCACCUCUUCGAAAAUGUAAUGUUGGCGAUCUUGACUGGGUCAUCAUCCGUGAGAAUUCAGAAGGAGAGUAUGCAGGCCAGGGUGGCCGAAGCCAUGUUGGGAAGCCAUGGGAAGUUUCGACGGAGGUUUCUAUAUUCACUCGACAUGCUGUUGAACGUCUAAUGAAUUUUGCAUUCGAGACGGCCCGCAGUCGACCAAAGAAGCAUAUCACAGUUGUGACGAAGAGUAAUGCCCAGCGCAAUGGUCUGGUGAUGUGGGACGAGGUGGCAGCGCAGGUAGCGGCCAAGUUCCCAGACGUUCACUGCGACAAGAUGCUUGUGGAUGCAAUGACUACGAGGAUGGUCCUUAAGCCAGAGAGUCUGGAUACUAUCGUUGCUACGAAUCUACACGCCGAUAUCCUCUCCGAUCUUGCUGCCGCACUGGCAGGAUCCAUUGGAAUAGCACCCACUAGCAAUCUCGACCCUACGAGGGAGAACCCGUCCAUGUUCGAGCCAAUACAUGGAUCGGCUUUUGACAUUACAGGAAAGGGAAUAGCAAACCCCGUGGCUACGUUCUGGACGGCAUCUGAGAUGCUAGCUUGGCUUGGAGAAAAGGAAGCUGCGAGACAACUCUUGGACUGCGUCGAGUCUGUCUGUGAAAAGGGCAUUGUGACACAAGACUUGGGUGGGAAGAGUACCACGCUGGAAGUAACAAAUGCAGUAUGUGAAGAGAUUGAAAAGGUGCUGGGCGGAAGAAAAUAGAAAACUACGAUCGGAAUAGAUCGUUUUCGACUAACUCAUUGUCCUUGUACAAGACAGUCACUAAGUGAGCAGAUUCUUUACCUUAUCUUAGCCUAAAGAGAGUUGCGCGGAUCCGGAUACUCUCAUAUUAGAAAGAUGAUAAGCAAGUAGUGUAGCCUACGAUGGUUCUCAGGAUAGAUCCUGACGAUAAUAAGG